AUGUCACUUGAAAAGUCCAACUCUCGGACAUUUAGUGGAUGCUGGGCAUGUCGAUUCAAGAAAAGACGUUGUGACGAAAGGAAGCCAUUUUGUUCACUAUGUAUGCAGCACGGUGACAAGUGCAGCUACGAUGUACGGCUAAUAUGGCAGCAUGACAACAUCUUUUCGGUGAACUCUGCGAAAGAGCUGGUCUCUUGGAAGAAAUUGAAAAAUCUGUGCAAGAAGCCCAACAGAAACCGGAUCUCGAAGCGAGAAUUUUGUCAAAUGACCCAAUUUCGCCAGCUAUCACCGCCCAAUUCAGACGACGAAAGCGUUGACCGGAAUGAAGGUUUCAUUGUUUCUGAAAAUUGUCAAACCGGUACCUGCAACGACGUAGUCGGCAACAAUGAAAACAAUGAGGACAAGUCUACUUCUUUCACCAUAAGCGUACGGAGACUCAAAAUAUACGACAACGUCCUUGAGUGCGUUCACGGCAAGGAGAACAAAAAGUAUGGGCAAAAAUAUGUGAACGAACAGUUAUCCGCAUUGCUGUCUAAACUCGAAGACGACAGCCUAUCGCCGAAAAAAACCCACAGUGGGCCGUUCGGUGUGUUCAAGAGCUGUCCAUGUGCUUUACCCAGUUCGAUGAAUGCGAAGCCGGAUUCUGCACCUCUUCUGCGUCGCAAGUCCGAUUCCGUCUACAGUCUCCCUUCAAGUUUACCAGACACACCGAUAUCUCAGAGUGCUUCUGCACGCCCAUCUACAACCGAUGUUACUAUAGAAUUCCUUGCAUGCCGUUGGCCAAACUUGCUACUCGCGAACGGCUCUAAUUUUUGUCUACAACAAACAGCGUACGUUAAGUGGCUUACUCCUCGCAUUAGAAACAUGGUUCACUCCUUGAACCCAGAAUUUCUCGAAGAAGUGAUGCAAAAUAAUCUGCAGGCAUCUAAAUGGCUACCCAUAAUUCCUCAGUUCUCGAUGGAAUGCCAGGCAUUGUACUUGCUGUUAAUAGUUAUGGCAGACACCAAACAGGAUUAUGUGGAUUAUAUAUCACGUUGGGUUCAGGCUCAGACCAAGGUUUCAUAUCUCGCAUUUCCAUUGAUCGCUUAUUCAUUGAACCUUAACACAAACAUCACCUUCCUCAUUCACUGUCAUGAACUUUUAUCAGAGGCCGGUCUGCAGGAUUUAUAUCAGUACGACUUGACAUCAAUGUUGAAAAUCAACACUGUAAGACUGAUUUUGCAGCACUGGAGUAAUCUGAUGAUGGAUCAAAUCUGUCAAUGCAAAGACACAACACAUGCUGAAAUGCAAUUGAAGUUCUGGGAAUUACAGUUGCAGUGCAACGAAGAAUUCUAUAGAGAUAUUUGCCUGGCUUAG